CCCGCCCGCCCUCGUCGCCGCCGCCGCCGCCGAGGCGCUCUGGGCUCUCGGAGCCGACAUGGGCGCCUCCGCGUGGGCGCUGCCGCCCCUGCCGCUGAGAGCCUCUCUCCUCGUGCUGUUCCUGCCGCACCCCGGGAUGCCCGCGGGCUCCUGGGACCCGGCUGGUUACCUGCUCUACUGUCCCUGCAUGGGUCGCUUUGGGAACCAGGCUGAUCACUUCUUGGGCUCUCUGGCAUUUGCAAAACUGCUGAAUCGCACCUUGGCUGUACCUCCAUGGAUUGAGUACCAGCACCACAAGCCUCCCUUCACCAAUCUCCAUGUGUCUUAUCAGAAGUACUUCAAGCUAGAGCCCCUUCAGGCCUACCACCGGGUCAUCAGCCUGGAAGACUUCAUGGAGAAGCUGGCACCCACCCACUGGCCCCCUGAGAAACGGGUGGCCUACUGCUUUGAGGUGGCAGCUCAGCGAAGCCCCGAUAAGAAGACAUGUCCCAUGAAGGAAGGAAACCCCUUUGGCCCAUUCUGGGAUCAGUUUGAUGUGAGUUUCAAUAAGUCUGAGCUCUUUGCUGGCAUUUCCUUCAGCGCCUCCUACAAAGAACAAUGGACACAGAGAUUUCCUCCAAAGGAGCAUCCAGUGCUUGCCUUGCCAGGGGCACCAGCCCAGUUCCCUGUCCUAGAGGAGCACAGGUCACUCCAGAAGUACAUGGUGUGGUCAAAUGAAAUGGUGAAGACAGGAGAGGCUCAGAUCCGUGCCCACCUCAUCCGUCCUUAUGUGGGCAUUCAUCUACGCAUUGGCUCUGACUGGAAGAAUGCCUGUGCCAUGCUGAAGGACGGGACUGCGGGCUCGCACUUCAUGGCCUCUCCACAGUGUGUGGGCUACAGCCGAAGCACAGCAACUCCCCUCACCAUGGCCAUGUGCCUUCCCGACCUGAAGGAAAUCCAGCGGGCUGUGAAGCUCUGGGUGAGGGCACUGAAUGCCCAGUCAGUCUACAUUGCCACAGAUUCUGAGAGCUAUGUACCCGAGAUCCAGCAGCUCUUCAAAGAGAAGGUGAAGGUGGUCAGCCUGAAGCCUGAGGUAGCCCAGACUGACCUGUACAUCCUUGGCCAAGCUGACCACUUCAUUGGCAACUGUGUCUCCUCCUUUACUGCCUUUGUGAAGCGAGAGCGGGACCUCCGAGGGAAGCAGUCCUCCUUCUUUGGCAUGGACAGGCCCCCUCAACUUCGGGAUGAGUUCUGACACUGGCUAGUGGCAGUCACCAACCUGAGCUGUUCCCCACCCCACCCCCCCAGCCAAUCCUGGAAGCCAGAAGUGUUGCCAGGACUGCAAGCCGCUCUUCUUGGCUGCCAGAGACAGAGAACAGCACCGGGCACUCCCUGGAUGAGGAAGACAUCCCUUCCCAGGCUUCCAGACCUGCUGGAAGUUCGCACAUCUCCUCCCCACAUGGGUUUCCUGCUGCUUCUCCUGGGGAUUCUGACAUUGGCAAAGCAGUCCAAUCUCUGCCCUUCGGGCUGCCCUGCUUGGAGCAGCCUGGGAUGCAGAAUUCUCUACAGAGAGAUUUUUAUAGUUUUGAUACUAGGUCAUGAUUACCCCAGAACUCUUCCUCCUUUCUAAAAAUCAGUGAAGUCACUGGGAUACUGGUGGCUCACAGCUUAUGCUCGCUACUCAGGAGGCUGAGACCUGGCAGAAAAGUCUGUGAUGCCAAAAUACCCAGCAAAAAAGACAGGCUGGAGGCAUGACUCAAGUGAUACAGCGCCAGCCAAGCCAGGAUGAGAUUCUGAAUUCAAAUACCAGUACCAGGAGGAAAAAAAAAUCAAGUCUACUAGUAUAGACACCUCAAGUGACCUUAACUGAGUUUGGGUGGAGCCCAAGCUUAGUGGGUGUCUUGGUCACUUUUCCAGGUGUCCAUAAAGUGAGCCUCAGACUCAUCCCUGCCACCUGGCCAGCAAGGAAAUUCUUACUCAUAGUGUCUGGGGUCGUAUUCGCCUCCAUUGUAAACUAUGCAAAUGGGAGUUACCUGGCAUGGUGCUGCUGGGUGCUCCUAGACAGCUACUGCCACUGCCACAUCAAGCCCAGCAAUCAUCAAUCAAGCCCAGUGCUCCCAGGGCCUGCUGGGAGUUGGCUGCCCCCACCAACCUGGCACCAUAGGCAUUAACGUGCACCACUUGGUGGUAAAGGCUGUUGCCCCCUCCAAGAGCCUAUGAGUAGGAUUUUGUUCUCUCCCAGCCUCUGCCCUGCAGCUACAGCCCUCAGAGGCUGUGCACGACCAAACAUUCACCAAGCUUCUCACCCAUACAAGCUUAGGACCCAGAAGCCACCUGGGUUUGGAAGCAGCCUCAGCCUGUGCCCUUUGCUGGUGCGUAGGUGUUACACUCCUAAAGAUAUUGGUCUCAGAUGCUGCAGUUC